AUGGAGUUGAAAGUGAGUGUGGAUGGGGUUGAGCGAAGUAUUUCUGGUGUAUCAAAUGAGACGACUUGUGCACAAAUCAUCUAUGCUCUGGCACAUGCAAUCAGUCAAAAAGGACGAUUUGUUAUGAUAGAGAAAUAUCGAAACAAGGAGCGUCGCCUUUCACCAAUUGACAAGCCACUUGAACUGCUGGAAAAAUGGCGUGAACAUAUGUCAAAUGUGACAUUUGUUUUGAAAAAGAUUGACGAUGAAGAUGACAGCAGCACGCCCGUCAAUAUAACGCCACAGAAGACUACCGAUUUCCCAACCUCCGUUACUCCUCUGGCGGCGUUCCAAAGCGUAUCCAGUAGUAGCAUGCCUCCAGCGAUGCCUUCUGGCAAACCGGUUAUGAUAGCUCAGAACGUAAGCACUACUUCGCUGCCGACCAUACCGUUGAGAGCGACUGAACGUGUUCGACCACCUCCACCAGACUACAAUUCGGUGAUGGAGCAAAAAUUUGCAUCACUUGGUCGCGGGGCGCAUUCCCAUACGCCACUACCAACACAGCUGGAUGAUGAUAUGUCUAUUGCGAGGAUGGGUUUGAGCCAGAACGACUUGCUCGUCCUCAUCGAGAAACAACGGUCAGUUCCU